AUGGAAACUUACCAUGGUCAUGUACGGUCACCGGCCGACGCUAUCGUUUUGUUCGAGGCUUGUAGGAUAGGUCUGCUUCCUCGGGUACAACGCCGGUUAUCGGAGAAGGAGCGACAAAACAUCAAGUCUGGGAGUAUCUUUGUUUGGGAUGAGAGGGAGGCUGGAAUGAGGCGGUGGACGGAUGGGAAGUCAUGGAGUGCGAGCAGGGUGUCAGGCAGUUUCUUGACCUACAGAGAGAUGGAGGGGAAACGAGGAGGAAAUGCGUUUGCGCCCCCAGUAACGACUCUUGCCGUGUCUGGCCGGGGAGGAAAAUCGCCGAAUCCAGAUAGUGAUUCGGAGGGCAUGGACAUUGAGGGGCCUGAUGGGUACCGUUAUAAACCGGAUGGUCUAAUGAAGCAGUCGUUUUCCAUCACUACAGCAACUCACCAGAAACUGCAUCUCAUCAGUUACUACGCCCGUUCACAUCCGUCAUCGCAGAAUCUGAUGCAGCCCACACAGGACAUCCAAUUGAAACACAUCAGGCCCGCUAAAGGAAUGUACCCGGAGUCCACGGUCCACGAGCAGCAGAAUGUUCCUAUGGUCACCAGGGGCCCCAUGAUCGCUACGAACUUUCCUCAUCAAUCGUCUCCAAACUCUUUAAUACCGAGACAGGGCGCUACCCACCCCAAUAACUACCCUCAAAGCGUGAAUCCGUACGGUUGGCCACCUAGUCCUGUAUCGACACCUCCCACAAACAUUCCGCUCCAGUUGUCCUACUCAAAUCAAGCACAGCUUCCAGCACCAAAUAGUGCCGCUUCUUCGCCCAUGUCGUACAGCGCACCUUCCCUCUCGGGUGGCUCACCAAUGCAGUACGAUCGACCGCCACUGCCACAUCUAGAUUCUCUGCCGUCACAAGCAACCCAUCGCACUUUGGGAUCACCCUUAAUGCACCUCCACCGUUCCCCCAGAAUGGCUGAUGCGCAGCAUCAGAGGCAACAGUCCAGUCCGCCGCCGGCCCUUCCUGUUCCCCACGUUCCACAAUCGGAUCGUUACACCUCACCCGCCAAUAGUAUUGGACAACGGUCACCCUCGAGAGAUAACUGGGACAUCAACCCAUUAAGACAGAGUCCCAACGGAAUGGAGGCCGGAAGCCCCGAGAGGAGUGGGCUUGAGGUGCAAGAUAUUCCUGCCGUGAAAUUGGGAUUCAGCGAGGAUAUCCGGGCAUUAAGAGUACUUGACCGGGGCUUUGCUGCAUAA